GUAAGAAAAUAAAUAAAAUUAUGCAGUUUGAAUUACAAAUUCAUCACAAGUUACUCUGGACAAAAAAAUCUGAAAAAUGAAACUUGGGUUCAUACUGAAGUCAUGAAAAAUUAGUGGUUCGGAGCAAAUCAACUAACAAUAAAUUAUUGUAAAAUAAAUUUAAAAAAUGUGAUAAAUGUAUCCGUAGUAUGACCAAUAGCUUAAGAUAUGACUCGAUUGGAUAUGAUAAAUGUGUGGCUAGCUGCAAAGCCAUGUGUCGUCAAUAGAUAGCUUUUUUUCUGAUCCAUAACAUCAGUUUUACAUUAUUUUUAAGUACAUUUACAGUAUUUCGACCUUUUCUCAGUUCAAUUAUGAAUUCAAAUUCAUUUCAUCCCCAUCAUACACUGAAAAUUACAAUAACCAGACAUGAUCCAAGAGUUAAAUCAAGGUUGCUUUACGAAACCGUUAAGCCUAGAGAUAUCAAUGUGGAUGAUGAUUUAAAUAUUGUACCAAUGGAUAUUGAUUCAGAUGUUGAGGACGAAAAGAGAAGAACUGCAUUCAUAACGAAAAGAAAUGUUGCUCGUAGUCUAAGAAAAUUAGAGAAGAAAAUCAGACGAUACUUCAAGGAAGGGUUAAAGCUGGCAAAGGAGGCGACCGAGAAGGAAGACCAAGAAUUGAGGGAACAAUCUAGAAAUCUGAUUAAUGAGAAGACGGACCAUUUUGUUACGCAUUACAGAAAAAAAUUGACUUUAUAUCGCAAAAUGAUCGACGACCCUUCUUGGCAAAUUGUGGAAAAAAUGCCCUUAAAAGAUAUCAAACAUAGAUUGAUAUUUCAAAGACACAAUUACAAAGACAACUUCUUCUCCUAACCGCCUCGUUAAAAAAUUGUGAUCUGAGGUGUUUCAUGAAUAUACAUAUGUAUAUGUAUUUCAAAUAUGUUUUAUGAUUAAUUACUCUUGCAAAAAACAAAACACAUGAAAAAAAUAAACAAACCUUUGUAACGGGUGCCUUGUAAUAACCUUGUAAAACAAAAGACCAAAAGAUGAUGUAACCUGUAAUUACACUAUUAUAUUAAAAACUAUUUAAAGUAAA